GGACAAUUUGAUAAAUCUGUCUUCUCCACUCCUGCAUCUAUUUCCUUUUCCCCUUUCGAUGAUUCUCUUCUCGAUUUGCUCCAUUACUUCUCCCCAAUCUAUAAUCUCCUCCUUCCUCCCACUGUUUCCGGCGAUUGCUUCUUUCACUAUUUCCAGUUGAAUCAAUUCGUUGGCAUGUGAUUCAGUUGUGAGGAGUAAUUUCAAUUUUUAAGCUCAAAAUCAGUGCAAUAGUGAACAAGAUGCGGAUUAUAACAACCUUUUUCCAUCCAGGUUUCUUUAAAUCGGAUCAUCGGGUACUUGAAUCUUAUUUUGAUGAAUGAGUUGUGUAGGAGUUGAGAAUCUGAUUUGUGUCGAUUAUGGGCGAAAGAACAAACAAUGAGAUGGAGAAUUUAUCUUUACAGACGAAGAAGAGGUUUUCGAGAGAUUUAUUGCAGAGAUUUAUGGUGAGUAGUACCAAUUUAGGAGAUCCGAGAGGAUCCGACCCGGAUGAUGAAGUAGAGCUGAAUCUCGGAUUGUCGUUAGGUGGAAGAUUUGGUGUUGACAAGAGUAAUAGCUCGUUGGUAAGGUCGUCUUCCAUUGCUGCGAUUUUGCCGGUGGUAAGGGACGACGAUGACGUUUUGGGGGGUAGACAAGGGGGAACCGGAACUGGUCAUGGUGAGGCUUAUUCGAGUUUGAUUAGAACGGCGUCGUUGCCGUUGGAGUCGGAGGAGUGGAGGAAGAGGAAGGAGCUCCAGAGCUUGAAGAGGCUCGCGGCGAAGCGACGGCGGUCGGAGAAGCAGAGGAAUCUGACCAAGGUUGAACGGGAGGAAUAUGUAGCAGCUAUAGGAAAAGGACCAUCACCAUCGUUGGGAUCUGGUAACUGGGAUUUUGGUGUCGCGACAACUACUGCCACAUCCGACGGCAGCGGCGGGGGGCUCACUCCACCGUCGUUGCCGGGAUCGGUGGAAUCACAAACUUCAAGCAAAUCGGAAUUCGAGAGCAGACAUCUUCAAGGAUCCAGUAACGAAAGCGAAAGUAGCGCACCAAGCAAUCAGGACGGGAGCAGUUCAUCGAGGUCGAAAAUGGCGGAUCCUGCACUCCGAGUUCCGAGACCCAAAACAGAAAAUCCAUCAAAUAACAAGGGGAAAGAGGUUGGAAUGAAUACAUUCGACAUGCCAUGUGUGUUCACGCAAGGAGACAGCCCUAGUGGCAGAAGAAUCGAAGGAAUCCUGUAUAAAUACGGGAAAGGUGAAGAAGUGAAAAUAAUGUGUGUUUGUCACGGCAGUUUUCUGUCGCCGGCGGAGUUUGUGAAGCAUGCCGGUGGGACAGAUGUCGUACACCCAUUGAAACACAUAGUUGUAAACCCUAAUUCUUCUUACUUGUAAUCCUGUGUUUUAUCAUAAACCCUAAUUAUUCUUACCUGUUUCUUUGUUUUUCUAGUAUUU